CGUAUCUCCAACAUGGCUGUCCACGAGAAAAAGGAACCAACGACAGCGUAUACCGACGAGUCUAGCUCUACCGAGGUAUUGAAUGCGCUCGUGACAGAGGACCACAAACAUGACAUCAAACUGCGAACGAUGUCCUGGCAAAAAGCAGCUUGGUUACUGGCUGGCGACCAAGUCUGUUUGGCCAUCAUGGCACAAUCCUGGUCACUCUCAGUGCUAGGAUGGGUGCCCGGUAUAAUCACGAUGGUCUUGGCUGCCAUGUUUUUCUGGAUCACAUCGCUCACCAUGCAUAAAUUUAUCAUGAAACACCCGCAAAUCACAGACAUCUGUAAAUUCGGGUAUUACGCAUUCGGAAAGAGUCGAUUGGCGUAUGGAUUUUCUGCGUUCAUGUUGCUCGCGAAUAACAUCAUCCUGAUUGGAUUCCAUAUCCUGACGGGAGCCAAGGUGCUGGAUACUCUGUCAGAUCAUUCCCAGUGUACCGUGGUGUUCUCUGUGAUUGCCAUGCUCAUGGGGAUUGUCUUGUCUGCACCUCGAACGCUGCACCAUGUUUCAUUCAUAUCCAUGUUUUCUGCCGCCUGCAUGGGAAUCGCCAUCCUCCUUUUUCUCGUCUUCGCAGGCAUCGAAAAAGCCCCCCUCGAGUCCACAGCCGCCGGACCUGUGCGGACAUACGCAUUCCCCCUCCCCGGCACAACAUGGGUCGACUGCCUCAACGCCGUGCUAAACAUCACUUUCCUCUGGGUCCCGCAAAUCCUCUUCCCGACCUUCAUCGCCGAAAUGGAACGGCCGCAAGACUUUCCCAAAUCCCUCGCCGUGCUCUUCGCUAUCUCCAUCGUGUUGUUCAUCGUGCCGCCUGCUAUCGGAUUUAGGUAUCUGGGCCAGUACGCAACGGCACCUGCAUUCGGGAGUCUGGGGACAGCCGUGUAUAGGAAGGCGUCGUUUGGGUUCGUCAUCGUGCCUACGCUGAUCAUCGGGGCUAUCUACGCCAACGUCACGGCGAAGGUCAUCUAUGGCCAUAUCCUGGGUACUUCGAAGCACGCACACAGCAACACCCUUAUCGGAUGGAGCGUGUGGGGAAUUGUUAUGGUCGGAAUCUGGGUGAUUGGAUUCAUCUUCUCCGAAGUAGUCCCCAGCAUGGGCGAUUUCCUCUCGUUGCUCGGGGCCGCAUUUGAUUCAUUUUUCGGGUUUAUUUUCUUCGCCGUUGCGUAUUGGCAUCUGUGUCGGGGGAAGUUGUUCGAUGGGCCCUGGCGGACGCUUAUGACGGUGAUCCAUGGUGCUGUCAUGCUGGUUGGGCUGUUCUUGCUUGGUCCCGGGUUGUAUGCAGCUGUUGAGGCGAUUAUUGCGGAUUAUUCAGGGAGUGUUACGCCGGCGUUUAGCUGUGCUAGUCUUGGACUUUAGUAAUAUAUCUGGUUCUCUGACUGGCCAUACUUCCUACAAAGUAAAGGGAAAAUCUGGGCUGAAGUCAAUCUAAUCUAAUCUUGAUUAUCC